AUGUCGCUCCAAACCCCCCGCGUCCUCCCCGCCCAUCUUCACGCUUUCCAUCCGUCCAAUACCACCGGUCCUCGAUCCACAAAUACUGUGCGUCUCCUGGGCACGGUGACCUCCCUCCGCGGCGACACUGCGACCCUCUCAUGUGGUACCAAUGGCGACGUGAAUCUGGUUCUGAAGGCCGAUUCACAUCUCCAGAUGGGGAAGUUGGUGGAGAUUGUUGGGAAGGUUACGGAUUGUGAGGGGGGAAUUGGUGUUAGGGUUCUUGGGAGCUUUGAUUGGGGGAGUCCGGAGAAGUGUGUAUAG